GGAGCCUGCGUGCUGGGCGUGCUCGCGGAGGGUUUUGCGCCUGCGCGGUGCUCGGCGGUCUCUUUCUGGCUCCUCGAUCGCCAUGGCGCCCGUGAAGAAAUCGGUGAUGAAGGGCGGCAAAAAAAAGAAGCAAGUCCUCAAAUUCACCUUGGAUUGUACCCAUCCUGUGGAAGAUGGGAUUAUGGAUGCAGCUAAUUUUGAGCAGUUUUUACAAGAACGAAUCAAAGUGAACGGAAAGGCUGGUAACCUUGGCGGCGGAGUCGUAACCAUUGAGAGAAGCAAGAGCAAGAUAACAGUGACGUCAGAGGUUCCAUUUUCUAAAAGGUAUUUGAAGUACCUGACAAAGAAAUACUUAAAGAAGAACAAUCUUCGGGAUUGGCUCCGAGUGGUGGCCAAUAGCAAGGAGAGUUACGAAUUACGGUACUUCCAGAUCAACCAGGAUGAAGAGGAGGAAGAGGAAGAGGAUUAAACCCUCUUGGGUCUGGAAACCUUUUGUAUAUGAUCUUGAAUAAAACUUGAACCAAAGUGGUGGUUAUCCUUGUCUUUCUGCACUGUGGAUUGUACAGGAUACUGGAAACAAUUGGAAAGGGCUUUGGUUGGGCUGCUGUGCACUCAUCAACAUUGAGCUGCUUCUUCUUGGGGAUUUCAGUUUGGAAUGUAACAGUGCCAAAUUGGAAGUGAAAAAAAAAAGUCAUUUAAGGGACCUGAGGCAAAUUCUGACUGCUUUGAACAGGGGCCUUCUGCUUAGAAGAAGGCAGUUAGAGAUUUGAGCCCUUCCACUUAGUGACUUUGGAGGAAAGUAUUACCCUCAAUUAAUAAAUCUUGUCUGUCUCUUUCCUCAAGGAAAUUGAUAUACAAUUGAAACAAAUCUGGGGGCUCUUAAUUCAUUAAAAAAACAAAACAAAACAACAACCAAGAGUUGAUUUCCCUUUGAGGCCCUUUAAAUCAGAUUGGAAACUUAAAAGUACUUUAAAAAAAUUCCUGGGACAUUUGGCCGAAUUACUGAAUAUUUUGAUGGAAAAAUUAGACCUGGACAGGAAGCCGCUUUGAAUAGCCCUUUUCCUAUCCAAAGUAAAAGACAGUCCAUUAUCUUGAAUGACAAUCUGUCCUGCAGAAUGGGGCAUGGGGUGUGACAAAAAUAUGAUUUGAAUGGAGUAAGUCUGUACAAGGAUAUAUUAGUCAAUAGCCAUUGUUGGAAAAAUCCUCGUUAUUUUUGGUGUUCAGCUGCAGACAGUGGCCUCCAGCAGGGGGAGCCAGAGAUAAGGAACAGGCUUGUUUUUACCAAGCCAUAAUGGUGGUCUACACUGGGUAGACCCGUGGCCAAAAAUAAAUACUUCAUGUUGAUAGAACGUGGGCAACUAAGACAUAAGAGGAAGCAAUUCCUACCAGGCUGGUUCUAGAAUAAAAACUGACAAAUUGCCCUCCAAGUUGGCAAACUUCAGGUAAUAGAAUAAAGCCUGUGUUCUUGGGGAGGAGAAUGAGAUAAUUUGUCUCUAAUUCGAUUUUCAAUUUGCCAUGUUAAAUUAGAAAUGGGGAAGGGAUAUAAUUGAAGUUCUAAUGACAUUGCAGUGAGGCAGAGGACCACCUUGAGAUAGACUCAAAGAUGCAUUUUCCAAGUAUUUUGGGGAACAGUUCUGCUUGAGCUCUCUCCUGUUUACAAUUAAGGGUGUUUGCAUGUGUAACACUCCCAGUACCUACAGCCAAUUUCCCUGGCUCAGCAGGAUGGUUGGAGGUGGUGGCCCGAAGCCAGGAAUCAGCUUAGACUGGCCCUAGAAUAGACUCACCUGGGAGGGGUCCAACUUUAGCCUCCUACUUGUGAGUUGAGGUAAUCAUGUGAAAGCUUGGUAUUUGGACUUGAAAAUUUCCCCGGACAAAUUUGUUGCUAUGUAAAUAAAUGUCCCUGAAAAACUGUUUCUGUAGCCCUCCUCUGUAAUAAGAGAAGGAUCUCCCCAACUUAUAGAGUCUGGGUCAUUCUUUAGAGUGGCACAGGGAUUAUAUGUGGCUUUGUUACACUUAUUAAAUUACAUUAAAUGUUAGGGGUGAGAGUAUAGCCUGUUCCAGGGGUCAUCCAUCUACCUGAGAAAGCCCUGUCUGCAGAGGAUUCUAGUGAGGUUGUAAAAAGUUCUGGGUUGAAAAUUGGCUACUAAGAAUUUUAAAAAUUAAAGCUCAUCCCAGAUUUUUAAACUUGUAUAAGACUUAAGUUCAUUGAUUUAAAAAAAAAAAAAGAUGCUUUUUUGAGCUCUUGUAAUGAGGCAUUUGAUCAUAUUUUAUAUUAAAGUGGCUAAUGUGGCUAUGG